AUGACGCCAAUCCUGCACUCACAUGCGUCGACACCCAGGGCUGAUACUCAAAUCGUGGUUCGAACCCGAUACAUGAUCAUGCUCGAAGAAUGUGAUCGCAGAAUCCCACUCAGUCACAAGACUUUAGCAGCGGUUUCACAGUGGAUUCUCCUAGCGGGUUACUUGGUGAUUCCCGGCACGUUCACUUCCCUUCAGCGAUCCAACUUACUGAGUGGCGCCUCGGCCACAAUCGUUCAGAUGGUUAAAAMCCCGCCACUGUUAGCGAUUGCAUGCAUGUGUUUUGUCUUCGGAGCAGCUGCAUUGGUAUGGCUCACAUGGAGAUGGCGGUAUAACUACAUCUGGCUCUCUCAGUUAUUUCGCCCUACGAUCCUGAAUGCGUUUGCCGGCUUUCUGACCACGCUGGUCAAUAUUUAUUCCGCGCAAGAUGGAGACUGGUCUAUCAUGGCACUUCUGACCGUGAUUCUAACCGUCGUGGUGAUGGUCAUGUCCGCGACAGCGACCGCGUACUUUCGUUACGUGAGAUUGGCGGAUAUUGAAAGAGAACAUGAGCAAGAAACGAGACAUGUUGCCCUUCUGCGUUGGCGAACAGAAAUCCAGAAUGGGUUGUAA